GGCGGAUAUCCGGCCGGCAUCGGCGGAUGUUGACAGUCUGAGAGGCCCGGCUGAGGGUCGUAUCCUGUCAUCGGUAUGGCAGACGACAAUGAGGAGUUGCCAGCGGACGACGAGCUUCUGGCUCCAGCUGAGGACAAACUAGAACAGCUGGAGAACAGCAGCCCUGCCGAACGGAGCGGCCACGUGGCUGUCACCGACGGGCAGUGCAUGUUCGUUUGGGGGGGAUACAAGAAUGCACAAGUGAGGGGCUUUUACGACUUCUAUCUUCCCAGAGAUGAAAUCUGGAUCUAUAACAUGGAAACCGGAAGAUGGACAAAGCACAGAACGUCGGGGGACGUGCCCCCUUCCAUGUCGGGAAGUUGUGCCGUCUGCAUGGACAGAGUCUUGUACCUGUUUGGAGGGCACCACGCCCGUGGCAACACAAACAAGUUCUACAUGCUGAAUUUCAGGUCGAAUGAUCAAGUACUGCAGUGGGUCAGAGUGGAGUGCCAGGGCGUCCCUCCGUCAUCAAAAGACAAACUUGGAGUUUGGGUUUAUAGAAAUAAGCUCAUCUUUUUUGGUGGCUACGGGUACUACCCCGAAGGCAAGCAUAUUGGAACGUUUGAGUUUGAUGAGACUUCUUUUUGGAAUUCAGGUCUUCCUCGAGGCUGGAACGAUCACGUGCACGUCCUGGACACGGAAACCUUCACGUGGAGCCAGCCUAUAACCACGGGUAAAUCACCGUCGCCCCGAGCGGCCCAUGCUUGUGCCACGGUUGGCAACAGAGGCUACGUCUUCGGAGGCAGAUACCGAGAGUCCAGGAUGAACGAUCUCUACUUCCUCAACCUGGACAGCUGGGAGUGGCAUGAAAUAGUCACGCAAGGCAUUUGCCCCGUUGGCCGGUCUUGGCAUUCUUUGACUCCGGUUUCAUCGGAUCACCUCUUCCUCUUUGGCGGCUUCACCACUGACAAGCAGCCGCUGAGUGAUGCCUGGAUCUAUUACAUCAGUAAAAACGAAUGGAUACAAUUUGAGCACAAUUAUUCAGAGAAACCCCGCCUCUGGCACACCGCCUGCGGCAGUGACGAGGGAGAGGUGGUCGUCUUUGGGGGAUGCGCCAACAAUUUACUCGCCCAUCAGAAAGCAGCACAUAGUAAUGAGAUACUUGUGUUUUCCCUUCAACCAAAAUCACUUGUAAGACUGUGCCUGGAGUCCAUUAUCUGCUUCAAGGAGGUCCUGGCCAGCUCCUGGCACUGCCUCCCCAAGCACUUGAUGCAUAGCCUGAACCAGCGCUUUGGGAGUAACAACACGUCUGGUUCGUAGGAGGAGGGAGAAGCAGCCGCCGGCUACGUUGUGCACGGAUCAGCCCUUCCAUCUAUAAAGAGAUGUAAUACUUUGACCAUCCCUGUGUGCGAAAGGGUGACAUUUGUAGAGGUUCAACGUUCCUGCAUUGUAGGUCGUGCAGAUUCCUUGCUUUAACCUUUCGUCGUCGUCGUUGCAUGUGAAUGGCUUAGAGAGAGAGAACCUAUUUUUGUGUAAAAAUUUGUUUGCAGUAAAUGUAUUUAAUGCAAGUGUCAA